UUUCAGUUUCGACUACGAUUCAGUCUGAUAUUGUCACGCGAGUUAAGCGUACGCGUAGUUGCAACCCUUCGUCUGAAGCGUGCGUGGCCUUGGUUCAGGCCUCCCGUAGAAUUGACCUGCGGCAACCAGGAUUUUCGUAUACAUGGGUCCUAAAUCAGAGUCCUGCAGACCUGCUAGUAUUCACUUUGAUCAUCAUAACGCCAAUUUCCGCAAUCUUAAGAGUAUCAAGUUCAAGUAAUUGGAGCUUUCUUUCCUAACAUUUUCAUAAUAUACACGACCAUACGCAAUCUCAAGAGGAAUAACCAGCGGAAAAUACGUUUUUUAUCUUAUCCAGAGUCCCACUCGACCCAUUCAUCAUAAUAUGUGGAUCGGUUGAUCUUGAAAAGGGUCAGAAUAUUUCAACGAAUUUUCCUUCAAGAUCCCGUGUUCAUAUGGGAUGAAACAAAUACAAGUUGACCCUUUUAUUUCACACGAUAAUUUUCAAAUCAGAUCGUUCUAAAAUUUGGAUGACAGAUUUUUUGACAAUAAAAUCCACCGUCAAUCAAGAUAUUCGUUAAUUUUUCAAUAUUGUUAAUGAUCAUAGUUAAAAAUCAACGUCAUUAUUUGCUGAAGGAAAAAAUUAACAGGUUGCGGAAAAGCUAACUACAAAUGAAAAUCAUCGACUGAGUGCACAUCAUCGAGACAAAAUAGUCAGAUCGAAGAUUGAAGAAAUUACAUCUCCUCACCGACUGAUUAAUCAUGCUGAGUUCAAAUAUUCGCUGAUCCCAUCGAUACGACGUUAAUUCCCACGAAUGUUUCAUCAGCCAAACAUUUCAUCGAAAGCGUAGAAAGUUAACAGAAAAUUUCCAACAUACCUUCUAAUUUACAUCCAAAAUAUAUCUGUCCACAUUAAAUUCACCCUCGAGCGUACCUAACAAUCGUUCAAUCAUCAGAAUGGUGAUGAAAACUGAGAGAACUAGAAACGGCCAUGAAUUGGCGCCCCUGAAUGACGAGGGUGACAAUCCCGGCGAAGUUGGGGGACACAACGUGACAAUAAUUGUUGCCGGUGGUCAGAGUGGAGGAAUUCAAAAAGGAAAGGAGGAAAAUCGUGCAGAAUGGAGCGGAAAGAUGCAGUUUUUCCUAAGUAUAAUCGGGUACAGCGUGGGCCUUGGAAACAUAUGGAGGUUUCCUUACCUAUGCCAGCAAAACGGGGGUGGGGCUUUCCUUAUCCCGUUCUUCAUCAUGUUAGUUCUCGAAGGAAUUCCUCUGUUCCUUAUUGAGCUUGGAAUCGGGCAGCAGAUGCGACAAGGAUCAUUGGGAGUUUGGAACACGAUUCACCCCUGGUUAGGUGGCAUUGGAAUUGCCUCAUGCAUCGUCACCUUCUUCGUAGCUCUGUACUACAAUGUCAUUAUUGCCUGGUGUUUCUACUACCUUCUGAAUUCCCUACAGGCUGUGACGAUAAACUUUGGUAUGCCGUUGCCCUGGGCAUCGUGUCCCAUGGUGGACGGAACGCCGGUCGAAGAGUGUGCGAAGAGCUCUGAGACCGCGUAUUUCUGGUACAGAACAACUUUGGACGCAUCACCCUCAAUUGAGGAUGGUCAAGGUCUGAAAUGGUGGAUCGUUGUCUGUCUACUCAUAAGUUGGAUCACCGUUUUUUUCAUCGUCAUGAAAGGGAUUCAGUCUUCGGGCAAGGUGGUUUACUUCACGUCAAUGUUCCCCUACUUGGUACUCACAAUUUUCUUCAUCAGGGGGAUAACGUUGAAGGGUGCGAGUGCGGGUCUUGUUCACAUGUACACUCCGAAGGUGGAAAUGCUGCUGAAACCGACCGUUUGGUUGGAUGCAGCGACCCAAGUUUUUUACAGUUUUGGUCUAGCUUUUGGUUCGCUGAUAGCUUUUGGCAGCUACAAUACUCCGGAUAACCAUUGCGUUCGGGACGUAAUUCUUGUGAGCAUUUGCAACGCAUUUACAGCGAUCUAUGCCAGUGUCGUAAUAUUUGCUAUACUGGGUUUCAAGGCGAUGAAAAACGUCGAUCAAUGCAUCGCCAGCAACAAAGAAUUGCUCUCGCUAAAUGGAUUCCUUAUGUCCAAUUCAACGGAAGAAGAGUACGAGGAUAUAGUGGCUUCGUUUAAUUCGUCGAUCUCAAAUUUCACUCUAAAAACUUGCAGCCUGAGCGAACAACUUGACGGGGCUGCCGAAGGAACUGGACUUGCCUUCAUAGUGUUUACUCAAGCAAUAGUGGAACUACCAGGUGCGCCAUUUUGGUCCUGCAUAUUUUUCCUGAUGCUCUUAGCUCUGGGGUUGGGAUCACAAAUCGGAAUACUCGAAGGGAUGCUGUGCGUCAUUUUUGACAUAGAUCUUUUCAAGAGAAUUAAAAAACAGUACAUUACUGCCGUCGUCUGCAUAAUCUGCUUCUUCGUCGGUUUGAUAUUCACAACUGGAGCAGGAGAAUACUGGCUGAAACUUUUUGACAGUUUUGCCGGCACGAUUGGUCUCGUUGUUGUCGGAUUGAUGGAAAUGAUUGCUGUAAUUUAUGUUUACGGUCACGAGAGGUUCUCAAAGGACAUAGAAAACAUGACGGGGUAUCGUCCAGGCUUGUACUGGCAGUUAACGUGGAGAUUUCUGGCUCCCUUAAUCAUGGUGGUGAUUCUUUGCUCCAGCAUCGUUUGCAUGUUUGUCGAAAAACCAGUGUACUCUGCUUGGGACGCGAUGAAGGGAGUCGCCGUUCAUACCAGCUACCCAAGUUGGGUCCUAGCGAUCGCUGUGAUCAUUGUGAUCGUUGGAAUAGCGCCGAUGCCACUCGUCUUUUUGCUCAGAAGAUUCCAGUGCGUCAAACUGGACGUGGAUAUCCAUCAAGGAAGCAUUCGACGUAUCGACACGACAGUUUCGACCAAGGAAAUGAUGGGCGAUGUUGAUCUGGACGAGUAUCACGACAGGUUAGAGGAUUUCCCCGAAGAAGAGGAAGACGAUGACGACGACAGCGACGACGACAAUAACAGCGCGCCGACGUCAGCGAAGAUGGUAGCUCGUCACCAGAUGAAAGGAAAAGCUUUCAAAAUGGAAGUGAUGGAUUUUUGAAAAAAUCAGAAAAUUCUCUUCGACGAAGUUCGCUCAUUCGUUCAUUCUCGAAACAUUUCAUCUUAGCUGUAUGUCUAUAUUACGUAAAAAAUAUGAACGCGCCCUUGACACACGGGAAACUAUAACCAGGGUCAAAUCAUUUCUGAGUUUAAUUCAAAAACGGCUCAUCAAGUGAAACCAGCCCAUAGGGUUCCCCACUUUUAUUAUACCUACCGACACAGUUGACUCGACCAAAAAAAUUCCACAUCUAUUCACACAAAGAUUUCCAGCGUGAACUGGCCUCCGAAUAAGUUUUAUUCACGUCAUUUUGAUAAUUAGCACCACAAAGCCUCAAAGUCAAAUAAGACUGUAUCUAGUUUUGGGGUAACCCUGUAAACUGUAUUUAAAUUAUUGUAACAUGUGUCGCAUGUGCGUACCGGUAACGCCGCGGUAAGCUUCGAGUAUAUUAAAGAGUCGCCUUGUGCCCGGAAUCUUAUCUUUACGAAAUUGCAAUUAUACGUAAGUAUAAUAAGAAUAGUGGGGACUUUACUAGGUAUUGAGAACUCCCUGCGUCAUUGAUAAGUAGGUCUGAACAUUGUAUGUUAAAUAAAGCUGGAUAAAUUUCACUAUUCUUCGAAUCAUCUAAAUUAUAAUGUGCUGUUACUCGGUGACGUUAACUGGUGUUACGGGUGCGGUUGAAUAUAGUAGAGUAUUCAUGUGGUUACGGAGGGUUUGCGUCGAGGUUUCUGUAUAAUUGUUCUGCCAAAAUUUUUUUGAUUCCCAAUAAUUUCACUGUGAUUAAUCAAAAGCAAUAUAAAUACCGGUUAUAAUUAUAUACUGUACUCAACGUUAACGUUGAAAUCUUGUCUGAAAUUUUGCUAAUUUGAAGAAAGAAAAAUAAUCUGAUGCACCAAAGAUGCGGGUCUGCAAAAGUUACAGCGGGCUAUACGUAACAAUGAAUUUACUGUGCUCAGAGAAAAUACUUUAUCUAACAGAUUGAUUAGUUUUAAUUAACAAAGAUUAAGCUACAGAGUAUACAAUUAUAAACAUUCAAAUUGUUACUUGGCUGGUCCAGCUCUUUUACAUAUAGUCGUAUAGUUAUAUUGUAUAUUUAUAUUAUUACAUGAAGAGAGAUUAUUAAUUACGCUUUAUUAAAAUCGACGGUAUAUAAAUAAUUGACAAUUAUCUAGAGAAAGUAAAUACUAUAAAUCUAUUCUUACUCGACUUUGACUUUAAAUUAUUUUACCGGUUCAAUUUUAUAAUUUCGCAAAAAUACUAUCCACAGAGAUACCAAGAUAAAGUGAACACGCCGAUCGGUGGCCAGUUCGGAAAUAAGUUGACGUUGUAAUAUCUUACCAAAUAUUUUAUCGCCAACUUUGAUUACAGAAAUUUGGGUGCCAUCGAUCCUGAAUCGCAAAAAAAAGAUCGUGCAUCCGGCGGUCGGGUAAAAAAAAGUAUUAUAUAAUAUUCAUCGGUGAGAGAAAAAGAAAAAAAAAUCCUAUGUGAUAACACUUAAUCUAAUAUUCGAUAUGUGAUACCUGAUUAAUAUAUAUGUAUGAAUUGGGUAAGUGAAAUGAACUAAUUACUAUUUGAUAUUACGAUGUCAGGGAAAAGUCACGCAUUAAAUGGUUCAAGAUUAUCCUAGUUAUCCACACAGACUUCCCUUCGAUUUCGAAUUGCAAAUGCAUCCGUUUUUCAAAAUAGCACUAUUGAUCAAAAAUUCAUUGACGACGAAACCACCCUAAGUUGAUAUGAAGGACUUAUAAUAGUUUAACGAUUACAGCGAAACCAAAUGGUGAAUAUCUACAUAUGAAUUAUCGGUGGUAAAAUAUUUGUUUUUAACAAAUAAUUGCCGAUUAUUAUCCUGAUUAAAUUCACUAAUUGAUUUUAAACUUGGGAUCGGAUAAAAUUAGAUUUCUACCGGAUAUGCAUAGGGCGAAGCAUAUAGUGCUAGAAAAUCACCACUGCCGCAAAGAACAAUUAUAAACCUCAUGCUGCACCAUGGAAUUUUUUCUCACGUUCCGUUGCGUUCAACAAAAUGUUUGUACACGUUCAAUGGUCAAUAUUUUAAUGACGAUGAGUCGAACUUAAAAUUCUCAUACAAUCAUCAUGCCUCAGAUAUAAGUAUUCUACGAAAAACCUAAUCGAAUUCGUGAAAAACGAAAGAAAAAAAAAUCUGAAAAUUAAGGGUGAUCGUGUUACUAAACUUUUUAACUGUAAAUUAUAUAGCUUAUAAUAUAGAGUAUAUAAAUUGUAUACCUACAAAAAUCUAAAAUAUUUGAAUAAAAGCUUAUAUUCAUCGCUGAAAGUCAAA